AUGACAAAGCAAACAACAACACAAAACCAAAAACCCACUUGGGUCGGCAACUCCUACCAGUGUGGGUACAGCAGAGGAGCGACAAGGGAAAGUCAAUUUGUGCAGUUCAGUGGACCCAGCUGCAUCAUGCCCUUGCCAAGGCGUAAGUCUUCAUUCUUGGGGCAGCAGCCCUCCUCCACAACAGAAAACAUUGGAGCCAGCAGCCGCAGGGUAAGCGUUGGGGGUGGAGGAGUCCUCUCCAGACCCCGAGGUGUCUAUGUGGGUUCUGCCCCCACUGGAGGAGUGAGCAGUCUUGGGACCCGUGUGUCCCGUAGAGCCCUGGGCAUCAGCAGUGUCUUCCUACAGGGACUGCGUAGCUCCAGUUCAACGGUGCCUUUAGCCCAGGGUCUGGAAAAAGCAAGGGGCCUGUCUUAUGAAAGCCUGAAUGGGCGCUUGGUAGAGUACAUAGAUAAAGUGAGAGCUCUAGAACAGGUCAACCAAGAGCUGGAGGAGCACAUCAGAAUCUACCUGGACAAGAAGUCCUCCAGUGUCAGCAGCUGGGGAGCACUGAGAGAGAACUGGGAAACCAUCUACCAUCAAGUGGGCGACGCAGUCCUUGAAAAUGCUCGUCUUAUAUUGCAAACGGAGAAUGUUCAAGCCUGUGCUGAAGAUUUUAAAGACAGAUAUGAAAAUGAGCAACCAUUUAGAAAGGCAGUGGAAGAUGAAAUUAAUUCCUUAUAUAAAGUGAUUGAUGAUGCUAAUUUAACUAAAAUGGAUCUGGAGAGUCAGAUAGAAAGCAUGAAAGAAGAACUAGCUUUGCUGUCAAAGACUCAUGAAGAAGAUGUAAAAGUAUUAUAUAAACAGCUUGCUGGAUCUCAUUUGGAGGAGCUAGAUGUUCCCAUUGGAACUGGCCUGGAUGACAUACUGGAAAAAAUCAGAAUUCACUGGGAGAAGGAUAUUGAGAGAAAUCGUGCUGAGACUGGUGCCUUGCUCUAUACCAAGCAGCACACAGAAACGACACCUACUGUACGGACACAAGAGGAGGAAUUGGUAGAAUCCCUGAGAACUGAAUUCCAUGAUACAGCCUGCAAAAUACAAAGUCUGCAAGCAGAGACCGAAUCUUUAAGAACUUUGAAAAGAGGUCUGGAGAACUCCUUAUAUGAUGCUAAACACUGGCAUGACAUUGAACUACAGAACCUAGGCUCUGUCAUUAACAAGCUGGAGGCAGAAAUGGGAGAAAUCAAAGCAGAAACUGAGCAGCAGCAGAGGGAUCGUGAAAAUCUGCUGUCCCACAAGCUACAGCUGGAAAAAGACAUUGCUACAUACCACUGCCUUCUGGAUGGAGAAGCAAGCAGUUGAUUUUGAUGUUCCUUGUGCACAGAAGACAACGUUGCUGUUCAAACAAAAAGAUGUCAUUGACAAAAAAUGUUCGUGGAAAGUUAAAAAAAAAAAAAUCCAAAGCAGCCUGCUUUAUUCAGUUUGAUUCAACAAUCUAAGUAGGUUGUAGCUUGAACAACUUUAUUAGAAACUCCUCACAUGAUUGCUUUGCUUACACAUUUCAAUUUGCCCAUGUUGUUAAAAUAAAAAUAAAAUGAAAGAAUAGUCAGUUUUAGUUGUUCGAAUUUUUUCCUCCAACAUUGCUUACUGCGGCUGAAAGGCAUAAGAGCACAGACCUUUUGUUUAUCCAUUAAGUACUGUGAACCACCUCCUUUUGCAGUACAAAUAGUCUAUAAUACCAUCAUUUGUCUGCUGUGCAACAAGCAAAAAAAUGUAUUUUUAAUGCAAUGGAUGGAAAUGUUUAUGUUGCAUCACAAGAUUUUGGCCUCAUUACUGUAAAAUUUAUUGUACACUAAUAUGUCUGACACAGAUAAAGCAUGACAAUAAUUUGUUGCAAUUAAUUUUGCAGUAAGCAGGCGGGGUCAGCAGCAGCAAGGCAAACUUUCCAUCACUGCCCUGUAAACGCACCUUAAUUCUGUUCUAGAGGAAAUCUGACCGAAGAUAAAAGAAGUUUGUUCAGUCUCCAAGACGAUUCACUUUUUGGUCUCUGAUGAUUACAAAGAGAGCCAGCUUGUGCCAGCAUAGAUUCAUAGAU